AUGAUGUCAUAAUUAGGCUCACCCAAGAAGUUUUCUUAUUUGAUCCCAAAAGGUGAUGGUAGUGUUCUUCAUCAGNAUAAAUUAUAUAAAUUAUUCAAAAAAAUUUAAGUGCAUUUCAUUAUUAAGAAAAUAUUUAUAACAAUUGCUUCUAAUGUUUAAAUAUAGAUGAUAAUAUAAAUGAUUAUAUUGAAUCUCCAAGAUAUAAAAUAAUUCCUAAAAUUAACAAAGAUUUAGAAUAAAUUAUUGAAUUUGGAAAUGCAUUUGGAUAAGUUGUAGUUGAAUCUAUAUUGUAAUAUUAUAUUCCAAUAUUCGGUAAAAAUUUAGUAUCUUAUUCAAUAACUGACUAUUUAUUUAAAGUUAGACAAUAAUACAAUAUUAUAUCAUAGAGAGAAAAUAAAAUAAGAGUUUCAAUCAAAGAAUAAGUUAAUAAAACAUUUGAAUAUUUUUUAUAACAAAAAUAUGAAAAUGAAUAUAAAUUUUAAAUAACAAAAGAAGAAAAAGAUUUAAUUAAUAAAGAUAUUAUUGAUUCAAUCAUUGAAUCUGCAUAAUUUUAAUACUUUAAUAAUUCAUAUUGGUUACAUAUUAAUAAUGAAGAAAUUGAAAAUCUAAUAUUAGUAUCAAUUAGCAAAAUUUUAAUCUAAUAAGUGCAAGAUUAAGUUGAUCUAUUUCUUAUGUACAAAAUAUUGGUAUUGA